AUGGGAGAAACGACAAUUCGUAAUUCUCGAAGAAAGAAGAACGUGGCGACUACAUUAGCUGAUUGGUCAACCCUUCAUCAAGAUUUUAUUAACUGUUUCGCGCAUCAAAUAGUUUCCAUGAAGGAUUUCUUUGCUUUUGGAGGAGUUUCCAAAUCAUGGAGAUCAGCGAUCAAGGAAAAUUCUAAUACAGCUCUAAGAUUACAGCAUAAAGUUCCAGUCCUAAUUCUUUCAAAGGAGAUCAACACUCCCGUCCGCAAUAUCUACAGCUUGACAGAAGGUCAAAUUUCCCAGCUUGAUUUACUAGAAACUAAGGGCAAACUUUGCUUUUCUUCUCUAGGAUGGUUGUUGACUGUAUCCCACGAUUAUUCCACACUUGAUCUUUUUAAUCCGUUAACCCAUGCCCAUAUUGAGCUACCUCCUCCUCUGCCGCCAAAAAAAUUCUCGCUUCGUAACUUGAAGAAGUUUGUAUUGUCAUCGAGCCCUUCUUUUACAUCGGAUUAUGGGGUCAUGCUUCUAUCAUAUCAUCAUUUAGCAUUCUACAAGCCGGGGUACAACAAUGGUACAUGGACUCUGGGGCCUAUACCUUUACCGGAGCCGUUAAUAUUAGUUGAUGCAGUUUAUUACAAGGGACAAUUUUAUGUGGUGGACUAUCGUGGUAAGGUUUUUGUUUGUAAGAUCGAAGAUCCUAAUAAUGCAGCACAAAUGAGGCUUGUGGCUCCAGAGAUUCCUGAACAACUCUUCGGCAAAGAUAUUCAUUUUAUUGCACGAUAUUUAGUGGAAUCAGCAACAGGGACCCUGUUAUUGGUUGUCACUUUAUACGAAGACAACUGUGAAGUAACUACUGGUUGUAGGGUGUUCGAGGUGCCGAUUAAUACAGGUAAUUCAUGGGCAAAAUCAGAAGUAAAGAAUUUGGGGAAUACAACCUUGUUUGUGGGUGCAAACAAUUCUUCAUUCUGGAUUGAGCCCUUGGAUGAUUCUGUAUGCAAAGCCAAUUGUAUUUAUUUCCUAAACCGGAGCCACGUCUCUACGGCAGAUGACAUCGACAUUGGUAUUUACCAUAUGAAGGAUGGAAAAAUGGACAAACACUUGGAAGAAUUGCCAGAUUUUAAGUACAAAGGAAGUUCAUUAACAUCGCAUUCAUGGCUUCAACCGAGUUUCUAA